AUGAUUUUUCGCACCUACAUUCUCAUCAUCUUUUCUCUUUUGACACUAUUUGGGAAAAGCAACAGCAGGUCCUGUAAAUGGGCUUUUGAGCGCGUUCCCAAGGACCCAGCACAUUCGUACUGCAGUGAUCAAUGGUUAACAUACAUAUAUCCAACUGCGGACUGCAAACCCCAAAAAGACCCUAAGGGCCUCCCGACGGCCUCAAAUUGUGAGUCCAUGCAGUUUUGCAAUGCAGCUUGUCCAACUUGGAGGGCGUCAGGACUGCGCAAGAUGAAUCAAGCAACUUCAUACAUGUGUGAUAUCUUGACCAAAAAAGGGGCCACCCGUAGUCAGGACCAGUACACCAAGAUUAAGUGUCAAAUUUUGACAAACGUGGUUGCUUGUGAUGGUAAGGGAGUUUUGGUGGGGAAAGAUAUCCCCUGA